AUGGCGCUUCUUGAGAUAUAUCGUUGUCCAGUGUUGAGAGAAAUACACUUUCCAUUUUUUCACAUUGGGACAGCAUUCCAGCUAAUCAUAACUAUAACUUCUCUUAUAGUUCCUUUCUUUAUAUGUUAUCGUUCAGGUGGAUUUUGGUUACGGGAUUCAAUUUACAUUGAACAACCUCAAAUACGCUUUUUAAAACAAGUCUAUAUUGAAUUGAAAGGAUCACAUCAAACAACUUAUGCAUGGAGUACAUACACAGAUUUAAAUAGUCAACUAUCUUCAAAUCUUAUUAUUCCACAUAUGUCUAUUCAACAAUUAGAUGAUGAUUAUGAUGGAAUAUAUGAUAAAUUAAAAUUGAAAUUUCAAAUUCCUAUUGAAGAUAAAAUAAGCAGCUUAUAUAUAUUAUUACUAUUCAGUUAUCAAUUGAAAGAACGUGUGAAUUUAAUAAUGCAAACUCCAUUAAUGAUUCAAUUUGAUACGCCAAAUGUAUUGGGAUUUUGUAAGUAUUCCAUGUAUGGACAAUUAUCACUGUAUCAAAGAGAACCUUUACUUGAAGGUUAUAUGAAUACAGUUUAUAACGAUUCAAUUUUCAAUAAUGAACAGCAUAAACUUAAAGAUAUUCAAUUGGAAACAGUUCAAAAGUUCUUAAAUAAACGACAUAUAACAUUAAAAAUUGAUCCAAAAUAUGAAACUUGGACACCGGGUUAUGCAAAUUUCUUAAAUCCAUUAGUGCUAAAUUUAACCUUGUUUUAUAAACCAAACAAAGUAUGUCUUUUUAUUGGUGAUCGAAUGAAAGCAUUUGUUUAUGGACAUCAUUUAAUUCAUGGAUUUAUUAUGAAAUAUGAUAAGAUUUUAUAUAAACAAUAA